AUGGCUCAACGAGAUAUUAAUAGUCCUUAUUUAUUUGAAAUUGCAUGGGAAGCUCCAGUGACAGUUCACGAGUAUGGUGAAAGGUACACACUGAUCGGUCCAUUAUCCAUCAAGACAGCAUCUGCAGAAGUGGAAGUGGAAGAAAUUAAAAAUCCUCAUCUUAAAGGAGUUCUUGAUGAAAUGUCAAACAAAGGUGUAAGAUGGAUGUAUGGUAGAUGGUUGAUUGAAGGUGCUCCUCAUGUAUUAUUGUUUGACACAAAUUCAGUGGCCAAUAAACUAGAUUCAUGGAAAAGUGAUUUAUGGAAUGAUGUUGGUAUUCCAUCACCACCAAAUGAUCAAGAAACAAAUGAUUCAAUAUUAUUUGGUUAUUUGGUAGCUUGGUUUCUAGAUGAUUUUGUGGCUCAAGAAAAAUCCAAAGCAAUAAUUGCACAUUUUCAUGAAUGGUUGUCUAGUGUUGCUAUACCAUUAAUUCGUAAACGUGGGACUGAUUUGACAACAAUAUUUACCACUCAUGCAACUUUGUUAGGAAGAUAUUUAUGUUCUGGUUCAGUAGAUUUUUACAAUGAAAUCUCAAAUUUUUCAGUUGAGGAUGAAGCUGGAAAACGUGGGAUAUAUCAUCGUUAUAGUAUUGAACGUGCUGCAGCUCAGUGUGCUGAUGUUUUCACUACUGUCAAUGGAGUUCUUCCAAAUGGUUUAAAUGUAGUGAAAUUUUCAGCAAUGCAUGAAUUUCAAAAUUUACAUGCAAGAAAUAAAGAAAAAAUUCAUAAAUUUGUUAAAGGUCAUUUCUAUGGUCAUUACAAUUUUGACCUGGACAAUACCUUGUAUUUUUUUAUUUCUGGUCGCUAUCACUACAGAAAUAAGGGCGUUGAUAUGUUUAUUGAAUCAUUAGCAAAAUUAAAUCAAAGGUUAAAAGCAUGCAAUUCACCAAUUACGGUAGUUGCAUUUAUUAUUAUGCCAACUAAAAUACAAUCUUUUUCAGUUGAAGCUUUGAAAGGUCAAGUAGUCACAAAACAGCUCCAAGAAACAGUAAAAGACAUUACCGAUAAAAUCGGAGAAAUCAAUAAUGCAGUGGUUGACCCUUAUGAAUUAUUUACUGACGAAGACAAGGUGUUACUGAAACGUCGUGUCAUGGCACUAAAAUCUAGCAUACCUCCACCAAUAUUAACUCAUAAUAUUGCUGAUCCUGAAUCAGAUCCAAUCUUGACACAAUUACACCGUCUGGAACUAGUUAAUAAUCCAGAAGAUCGCGUAAAAGUUAUAUUUCAUCCUGAAUUUCUAACUUCAAACAACCCUCUGAUUGGCUUAGAUUAUGAGGAUUUUGUACGUGGUUGUCAUCUAGGCGUGUUCCCAAGUUAUUAUGAGCCAUGGGGUUACACUCCUGCUGAAUGUACAGUAAUGGGUGUCCCAUCCAUCACAACCAAUUUAUCAGGCUUUGGAUGUUUCAUGGAUGAAAUAUUGGAAAAUUCAUCAGAUUAUGGUAUUUAUAUAAUUGAUCGAAGAAUGAAAUCAACUGAUGAAUCAACUCAACAAUUGGUUGAUUACAUGUUACAAUUUUGUCAGAAAACAAGACGUCAACGUAUAAAUCAACGUAACAGAACAGAACGAUUGUCAGAUUUGUUAGAUUGGAAAUUGGUUGGUAUGGAAUAUGUCAGGGCAAGAAAAUUGGCAUUGCAUAGAGCAUAUCCAGAUUCAUUUAUUAAUAAUAAUGAUGAUAAUACCGGUGAGAGUACCAGUGAGAGUAACAGUAUGAAUGAAAAUAAUAUACACUACUUAAAUAUUAGAACUCCUGGUUCAACCAUAGAUGAAGAAAUUGGUAUCAGUACUGGUGGCGAAUAUCCAUUUCCAGUGAUUGCUAGUAGUGAUAAUACUAAUGAUGGUGAUGAUGAUUCUACACAAUCAUAG